ACAACAUAAUUGGUGAUGUUGGAGUUGUAAAUAAGACAUUAGUAAUCACUAAUGUUACAUUGAAUGAUGGUGGAAAUUACACAUGUAAAGCACAAAGUUAUAAUGAUCAACGUUUUAGAGAUGAAAAAUCUAUUGAAGUAACAGUGAAAGCUACUUAUCGACCACAACAAACCAAUAUCACCAUCAGUCCAAUGUCAGUAAAACAAGGUCAAAAUGUGACAAUAACCUGUGAAUCAGAUGGUUAUCCUGAACCAACCUACACUAUUUAUCAUAAUGGUGCAGUUAUCAGUAAUAAUAAGAUAUACAUCAUUCAAUCUGUCAACUUCAAUAACGCUGGUUCAUAUCGUUGUGAAGCGAAGAAUAUACUGGGAAAUGAUUUAUCUGAUGUUAAAAAUCUUACUAUCAUCAGAGUGAAACCAAAUGUGGUAAUUAAUUGUUCAACACCUCUGGUUGUGAAUGAAGGUGAUAAUGUAUCAUGUGUAUGUAGAGGUGAAGGAGGUAUCCCUCCUGCUAAUGUCACAUGGUUUGAUAAAGAUAACAACAUAAUUGGUGAUGUUGGAGUUGUAAAUAAGACAUUAGUAAUCACUAAUGUUACAUUGAAUGAUGGUGGAAAUUACACAUGUAAAGCACAAAGUUAUAAUGAUCCACGUUUUAGAGAUGAAAAAUCUAUUGAAGUGACAGUGAAAGCUACUUAUCCACCACAACAAACCAAUAUCACCAUCAGUCCAAUGUCAGUUAAACAAGGUCAAACUGUGACAAUAACCUGUGAAUCAGAUGGUUAUCCUGAGCCAACCUACACUAUUUAUCAUAAUGGUGCAGUUAUCAGUAAUAAUAAGACAUACAUUAUUCAAUCUGUCAACUUCAAUAACGCUGGUUCAUAUCGUUGUGAAGCAAAGAAUAAACUGGGAAAUGAUUUAUCUGAUGUUAAAAAUCUUACUAUCAUCACAGUUAAACCAGAUGUGGUAAUUAAUUGUUCAACUCCUCUGGUUGUGAAUGAAGGUGAUAAUGUGUCAUGUGUAUGUAGAGGCGAAGGAGGUAACCCUCCUGCUAAUGUCACAUGGUUUGAUAAAGAUAACAACAUAAUUGAUGAUGUUGGAGUUGUAAGUAAGACAUUAGUAAUCACUAAUGUUACAGUGAAUGAUGGUGGAAAUUACAGAUGUAAAGCACAAAGUUAUAAUGAUCCACGUUUUAGAGAUGAAAAAUCAAUUGAAGUAACAGUGAAAGCUACUUACAACGUUCUUUGUGAUGACCAAAAUGAGAGAAUAAAACAGUGCAAAACAAAAUGGUAUAUUAUUUUAAUAACUUUAACAUCUGGAAUUAUCGUUGGAAUUUUCGUCUCUAUUUUAUUUUUUUUGCGUUAUCGUCAACAUUGGUUUAAUAAAAAACGUCAACAAUUUCAAUGUCCAUCUGAAGUUAGGAAAAAUUCUGUUGAUAAUACUUAUCAAGAAUUGGAUUUAUCAAAAAUGAAUAAUAAAGAAGAUAAUUAUCAAUCAUUGAGACCAAAGGAUGACACAGUUGAUACAACUUAUGAAGAACUGGACAUAUCGAAAAGGAAUAUAGAAGAUAAUAAUUAUGAAUCUUGGCAAAAAAAUAAUGAAUCGGAGUACGAGAUAGCCGACGAAAGAAGAAAUUAUGAGAACAGUAAUUUGUUUUGAAGAAAAUCAUAAAUUUAUUCUAAACAUGUGUUUAUAAACAUUUUCCAUGUUGUAAAGUCACAAUGGUGCUUUUACGAACAUUUACAUUUUCUGAUAAGAUUUGAAUUUUGCAUGUUUUCCUCCCUUUUGAGCUGCUAGUACUUUAUGAUUUCCAGAAGGAAGCCAUUUUUUGAUAGGAAAGUACACUGGUCAUUCUGACUCAUUCAUUAGUUGUUUUUGAUAACAGUGUAUGGUAAUACUGUUUUUGAAUAAGUAUUUUCUAUUUAUCUUACUGUA